CUCAAAAUUGACCUUUUGCCAACUUAGUACACAAUGCGGGAGACUCAGCGUAGUGUUCACAACUAGAUCAGUUUCAAAACUCAUGACUGAUGUUUGAUACGUAAUUGUGAGUGAUAUCGGUUGCUAGUUCAAUAAAAAAUCAGUUCCCCAAAAUGGCUCUGCCCAGGUUAAUGUUCCGUUCCGCGUGUCUCGUACAGAACAACGCAAUUAUCAGCGGAUUAGCCAGGAAACGUUUGUUGCAUACGUCCAAAUGUGCACUAGCAGAGCGACUGUUCACCUCCAAACACGAGUGGGUCUCUGUGGAAGGCAACGUGGGAACCGUUGGCAUUUCGAAUUAUGCCCAGGAAGCUCUGGGCGAUGUAGUUUACGCACAACUUCCAGAAGUUGAAACAAUUUUAAAGUUAGCCGAUGAAUGCGGUGCUUUGGAAAGUGUAAAAGCUGCGAGUGAAGUAUACAGCCCUGUCUCGGGGAAAGUUAUUGAAAAAAACACUGCCGUUGAAGACACCCCAUCAUUAAUCAACACGUCUUGUUACGAAAAAGGGUGGCUCUUCAAACUAGAACUGUCGAACCCAAGCGAGCUGAAUCAAUUGUUAAACGAAGAAAAGUACAAGGAGUUCCUCAAGACUCAGGAAGAUCAUUAGGUCUAAUAAUAAAUAUAAAUAAAAAAAUUGUUUAUUCAGUACGGUUACAUAAUUGUAUUUAUAAUUAAAUAAAGUUACUCGAUUCUUUUAUGUA